GGGUCCCGGCGGGGCACACGUGGGUCCCGGCGGCCGCGGGCGGAGCGGCCGGUCCCGCGGCGGCCGGGCCAUGGCCGCGGGGGAGUGUAACGACGGGGCGGGGGACCCCGCCCGGGCCCGGGCUCGCCCGGCCCCCACGGCGGCGGCGGCGAGAAAGCGGCGGCGGGCGGCGGGGGACGGCGAGCCCGCGCGGAAGCGGCGGAGGCGGCGGAGGGCGGCUCCGCCGCCGGACGAGCAGCGCCUGGACACAGACGCGGCGGGGGAGCCCGGGGCGCUGGGACCGGAGCGGCGGCCGAGCGGGAGGAGGCGGGGAGCCGGGCAGAGGGACGAGCCGCUCCCGGCGGGACCUGGCGGGGCGCGGGACGCGGGGCCGGGCCACCCGGGGCUGCCCCACGGGGAAGCGGUUCCGCCGGGCCGGUCGGCGGCCCUGCGCGCGCGGAUGGAGGAGCGGCUGCUGGGCGCCCGGUUCCGGUACAUCAACCAGCAGCUCUACACCUCGCCCAGCCGGGAGGCGGCACGGCUCUUCCAGAGCGACCCCGAAGCCUUCGAGAUCUACCACCGCGGCUUCGCCCGGCAAGUGGGGCGCUGGCCGGAGAACCCCGUUCAGCGCAUCAUCCGCUACCUGCGGCGGCGGCCGGCCUCGCUGGUGGUGGCGGAUUUCGGGUGCGGCGACUGCAAGAUUGCGAGCAGCGUCAGGAACAAGGUUCACUCCUUCGACCUGGUGCCUCUCAGCCCGCUGGUCACUGUCUGCGACAUGGCCAAGGUGCCUUUGGCGGGCGAGUCGGUGGACGUUGCGGUGUUCUGCCUGGCACUGAUGGGCACCAACCUGCAGGAGAUCCUGGAAGAGGCCAACCGCGUGCUGAAGCAGGGAGGUACGCUGAUGGUGGCGGAGGUGGCCAGCCGUUUCGAGGACAUCCGAGCCUUCAUGAACGCCAUGGCUCAGCUGGGCUUCAGAAGCGUCUCCAAGGACCUCUCCAGCGCCUUUUUCUACUUGCUGGAGUUCGCCAAGACCGGACCCCCCCGGCCCGGCCGCGCCGCUCCCGGCCUGCGCCUGCGGCCAUGCCUCUACAAGCGCCGCUGAGGGCGGGGCCUCCCCCGACGCCACGCCCACCGGCACGCCCACCGGGCGGCGGCCUGGCUGCCACAAGCACUGCUUGAGGGCGGGGCCACGCCCAUCACCCGCGGCACCGCCCGCACAGGCGCCGCCGGGGGCGGGUCCGCCUGUCGCCCCGCCCCCCCCGGCGGCGCGGUGCCCAAUAAAAGCGAUUGUUCCGAA